AUGAUAAAAGCUAGCGGGGUGCAGGAGCGGCAGGCUAGGAGCGACAGGCUGCAGGUGUGCUGCCUGCGGGGCGCCUCCUGCGGGGCGCGCUACCCGCGGGGCGCGCUACCCGCGCGGCGCGCUGCCUACGGGGCUGGGGUGACGAGCCAGGGAGGGCGCCUGGGCGACGGGCUAGGACGGGCGCCUGGGCGACGGGCUAGGGCGCGGGCCUGGGCGACGGGCUGGGGCGGGCGCCUGGGCGACGGGCUGGGGCGGGCGCCUGGGCGACGGGCUGGGGCGGGCGCCUGGGCGACGGGCUGGGGCGGGCGCCUGAGCGACGGGCUGGGGCGGGCGCCUGGGCGACGGGCUGGGGUGGGCGCCUGGGCGACGGGCUGGGGCGGGCGCCUGGGCGACGGGCUGGGGCGGGCGCCUGGGCGACGGGCUGGGGCGGGCGCCUGGGCGACGGGCUGGGGCGGGCGCCUGGGCGACGGGCUGGGGCGGGCGCCUGGGCGACGGGCUGAGGCGGGCGCCUGGGCGACGGGCUGGGGCGGGCGCCUGGGCGACGGGCUGGGGUGGGCGCCUGGGCGACGGGCUGGGGCGGGCGCAUGGGCGACGGGCUGGGGCGGGCGCCUGGGCGACGGGCUGGGGCGGGCGCCUGGGUGA